UGGGCGUCCUUUUCUCCCGUUGCGCCUCCACUGGGGUGCGGCGCGGAAUCAAACAACGGAGUGACAUUGUGGAGGUGACGGGGUAGACGACGACCAAAGCGAGCGAGGAUGGCUUGUCACCGGCGACCGACUUGUGUAGUCGACAAGGGUGAUUUUGACAAGGUUUUGUGAGAAUAACUGGCUUUUUUCCUUCAGCCAGCGCCAUAUCAACCUCUGCGGGACACGGCAGAGCCAAGCAGCAAAAGCGUGUUGUGGUUCACACCUCAAGCACAGAGGAAAUUCUGCACGGGUUCGAACAGCAUUAUCAUCCCGCAGUUCUGCCAAAAAAGUCGUGAGUUGAGUGAGUUGACUGCCGUAAGAACUUUUUUCCUGGUAGGAUUGAAACUAGCAGCUUGAUAGCAGCUGUGUUUCUUUUCCAUCUGUUGGCUUGGACUUAAGUCCAACGAUGAUAUCUCAGUUUUUAUCGGCAUGACCUCGGAGGGCAGAUAAUUUUGUAACUACAAUGCAAUUUUUACGUAAAAAAAGUUUGAUAAUAUUUGGCUAAUUGACGGAGCGUCGGAUCGGUGGUUCAAAGAGACAUAUCGCCGCUUCCAUCGCCCCUCGGCGGUACUCUUCUGGUGAUGACUGCUGAUUCCUGUGACAUCACGGAACGAUGAUGGGAUCUCUGAGGGCUCUCCAGGAGUGGUGUCGUCUACAGUGUGAAAAUUAUCAAGAUGUGGAAAUCAAGGACAUGUCGACGUCCUUUCGGGACGGCUUGGCGUUCUGUGCCAUCAUACAUCGCUACAGGCCAGAGUUGAUAGACUUUGGCUCACUAUCUAAAGAUGACAUCUAUGAGAACAACCGACUGGCCUUUGAAGUGGCAGAGGCACAGCUAGGGAUACCUGCGCUGUUGGACCCAGAAGACAUGGUGUCCAUGAAGGUUCCUGACAGGCUUAGCAUCAUAACUUAUGUCUCCCAGUACUACAACUUCUUCAAUAACAAAACUCAAGCAAACAUUCCCUGCAUGAAGAGGCUAGGAUCUGUUUGUCAUAAUGAGCCAGCCCAGAAAAGGCCUCCCACACCAUUGGAGGAGAAAGAGGUGGAGACAGAGCCUAGCCAGAACAAGAUGACGGGGCUGGAAGUGUCCCAGCGCGGCACACUCAGCAGCAUCUGCACCGCCUGUCAGCAGCAUGUCCAUCUGGUUCAGCGGUUUUUGGUGGACGGCAAGCUGUACCAUCGAAAUUGCUUCAGGUGCACUGAGUGUCAUAGCACUUUGCUACCCGGAUCUUACAAACUAGGAAGCGAUUCUGGGACUUUGGUCUGCACUCACCACAUUACAAGGCAAGCGUCAGCAAACCUGAAUGGCCGGCCAGAUCUUAGCAAGAGACCCAUCGUAGUCCAGUCGGUGAGGAUUGGUCGCAGCAUGGCCCCCCACACCUCAGCCACUGAAACGGACCAGCAAGAGACUCCAGCUCCUCUGGGCAAAGUGAAUGACACUGGCUUGCAAGCCAACGUAACUGUCAUCGUCACUCCUGUGCCAACAAAUAAUGAUGUGACUUUAGAAGAGACAGAUUUGCUCAAUGACAGUGGACAAACAGAAGAGAAACACCGACCCCCAUCACCCCCUAACCCUUUCGACGAGAGUGAUGAGGAUGAAAAUGAACAAUCAACAGUAGAAGACACACUAACCAACAAUACGGAUAACGGUGACCCGCCCUCUAAACCUGUCAAUCAAAAUGAAGCCCUCGCCCGACCAGUUCCAGCACCUAGACGGGUUGCUGAGGCAAGCCCACCGCCCCGCCCUUCCCCACGGGUGAAGCUACCCCGGUCAGCAGAGAGCCUUGCAACUGGUGAACAUCAGAAGCCCCCCACUCCACCAAAACCUAGAGAGAGAUCCCAAUCACCAAGAAGCUUGUCCUGUGGCACGCAUAAACCCAAAGACCCACCCUGGCUUGCAUUGGUCCAAUCAGAAACCAAGAAGAAGAAACCCCCUCCCCCUCCCCCCGCUGGACUGACAACGCCUGCCAACACGGGCUCUGUGUGUUCUCUUAAAGAGGAGGGCUCUGGUUCCAGUCCGCCUACUGUCCCCUCAAAUCCAUUUGAGGAUGAUGACGAUGAAAAGAACGAGGCUGAGGUGGAUGAAGAAGGCAAUGGGAUUCCAGCUACAUUGGCAGCCAGUCAUCCAUGGUACAACAUCACACAGGUGUCUGAAGCCUCUGCUGUGGACACGACCCAGAGCACAGAAAACUCUUCCCGCUCAACUAGCCCAGGAAGUGCCAAAAGCAAGAAACGACCUGCACCUCGUGUACCGCUGCCACCUUCUGCUAACCAAGUUCUUCCCCAUUCUCAGCAUUCUUCUUGCUCUCCAGCUCUUAGUGUGGAGAGUUUGUCUUCUGGCUCCGACCACAGCUCCUCACAACCCUGUUCGGCCUCUGGUGGAGUCAGUGACCAGGAAACCAGUUUCACCAAAAGUGUCUCUGAGCCUUCCAUUUGUUCGCCCUCUAUCGCCUCACCUUCCUCCUCCUCCUCAGCUGAGCGGCUGCCCCAUUCCUGCCUGAGCUCCUUUACAUCUCCCGCACAGUCAAAUGCAAGCUCCGCACCAGCAACCCCACAAGUCAGUCGUAGCCAUGACACCAAAAUGACUGGACCUUCUCCACCACGUCCAACAACCUCACCCAGCCCAUUAGCUGCGGGCACCAGUCCAUCACAUAACAAGCCCAUUUGUAAGGAAAAUCCAUUCAACAGGAAAGUUUCUCCUUCUCCUACAAAAUCCAACAGAAAAGCCCCAAAGGGCCCACGCCCGUCCAGGCCCCCUGCUCCGGGUCAUGGUUUCCCACUUAUCAAACGCAAGGUGCAGUCAGAUCAGUACAUCCCAGUGGAGAACAUUCAUGGAGAAAUGAGUCAGCUGGAGAUCCGGCUAGAUGAGCUGGAGCAAAGGGGUGUGGAGCUGGAGAAGAAACUCAGAGACAACCCCAAUGCUGAGGAUGAAGAGCACCUUUUGGUCGACUGGUUCACACUCAUUCAUGAGAAACAUCAAUUAGUCAGGCGAGAGGCUGAGCUGGUUUACACGGCGAAGCAGCAGAACUUAGAGGAGAGACAGGCUGACGUGGAAUAUGAGCUGAGGUGUCUUCUCAACAAACCAGAAAAAGACUGGACUGAGGAGGACAAGAACCGUGAGCAGCAGCUGAUGGCCGAACUGGUUACCAUCAUUGAACAGCGUAACCAAAUAGUCAACAGCAUGGACCAGGACAGGCAGAGGGAGGAAGAGGAGGAUAAGUUUAUGGAAGCUGUGUUGAAGAAAAAAGCAGACUUUCACAAGGAAUCAGAUGGAGACCAACAGAAGAAAAAAGUGGCAAAAUUCAAGCCCAUGAAGGUUCUGAAGAGGCUGAGCCACAAAGGAGAACCUGGAAAAAGCCCUCGUAAGGAAAACAGUUGAGCCGCUCAACUAGUUUUUAAGUUUUCCAGCAAGUCUCAUGAAUGUCUUGAAGUGCCCCACUCCCAAUUGCUCCUCUACCAUGAGCCACAAUGACAACUUCAGUGCUUUAAGAGCUAACUGGCAUGUUGAGUAGCUCUCUUUGUACUGCACUGACUAGUUAGGCAGUUGCCUGGCUGUCACUGGUCAAAGCUCAACUAAUCUGUAAUCGGUUGCCUAUCAAGUGAAAGUGUAGAUUGCGGAGGAUAGCUUUGAGUUUUGUCCUCAGUUUCCAUCAUAUCUCAUUAGUCUUUUUAAAUGAUCCCAAUUUUGCAAUGAGUUACCAAAAAAUGUUCAUAUGGUCAAAAAGAUGAGUUUGUGUAAGAUGUUUGCUGCCCACCAUUGUUAAACGUGUCAAAGAUAUGGCAGUCUUUUAUUAUUUAUUGACAUUAUUUGGACACAAAUUUAGAACAUGUUAAAUCAUGGCGACUACCUAUGUCUUGCAUGAGCAUUUUAUUCAUGUUUUUAAUGCCAGCAUUUGUGACCCUUGAGAUUAGUUUUUUUUAAAUAGGUGAGGCCCUGUUAAUUUAUAUUUUACUAUGCUUCAUGUGUGUUUCUCUGAAGGUGGAAAAGAUAAUGUUUUGCAUACCUGCCAUUUAUUUAAUUCCAUUUAUACACAUUCUUUUUAUCGUUUCGGAGGCACGUCUAUUUUACACCUGUCACUUUAGUGAUUGAAAGAUGCGAAUAGUUGUGAGACUGGAAGGCAGCCAAAUAAAACAAGUUGAUACAAAUGCAGUACUGUUGUU